AUGGCGACCACUACCCACUGUGAUACUUACCAGGACUUUUAUGAGGUUCUACUGAGAGUUGAGGAUUCAGAAAACAUGUCGAGCGAGAGUGAUGAGGAAGAGAAGAAUGAUGGGACAUCGAGCUGCGAAUUGUCCCCAAAGUCAGCAGCAGAAGCCGCAGCAGACUUUCUUGCCGCCGCUUGCGCCGAUUCAGCAGAUUCAGGGUCCGGAUACAACAAUGCACCUAUAAGCAAACAUUGGAAUGGUGUUAAAGCCAUUUUCUGCUAUCUCAAAGAGACGACGGAUUUGGGCUUGUUCUACACCCAUAAAUCCUCGAAAGGAGUCGCCACCCUUCUAGGUCCUCGGGUUGAUUCUAACCUCGUUGGUUACGCUGAUGCUGGUUAUCUGUCUAACCCACAUUGGGCACGUUCACAAAUGGGCUAUGUCUUUACCGUUGGAGACAUCGUUAUAUCUUGGACGCCUACCAAGCAAAUGCUAGUUGCGACUUCUUCGAACCAUGCUGAGAUUCUCGCUCUGCGUAAAGCAUAG